GGGCGGGCGUUGCAGCGCAGACCGAAGGAGUCAACAGCGGGGCCUGUGCCCAGCUGCGUGGCUGUGCCAUGGUUCGCUUCGGGCUGACCGUCGUCCGCCAUGGAGAAACAAGAUACAACAAAGACAAGAUACUGCAAGGUCAAGGAAUAGAUGAGCCACUCUCUCCAACUGGUUUCAGACAAGCCGAUGCUGCUGGUUUAUUUCUCAGUAAUGUAAAGUUUACUCAUGUCUUCUCAAGUGACCUCCUUCGAGCAAAGCAGACUGCUGCCACAAUUAUAGGAAAAAAUAAGUUCUGCAAAGGUUUGGAAAUCAAGUGUGAUACAAGACUUCGAGAGAGAAAAUAUGGUGUUGCAGAAGGAAGGCCUUUGACAGAACUCAAGGCUAUGGCAAAGGCUGCUGGACAGCAAUGCCCUACAUUCACACCUUCUGGAGGAGAAACACUGGAUGAAGUAAGAGAACGUGCAAAGGAUUUUUUUGAAUUUCUGUGUCAGCUAGCUGCUGAAGUGGGACAGAUCAGAGAGAAGAAAGAUCAAGAGAUGCAUGGGGCAGCAAACAGAAGCUCAGGAACAUAUGAAGAAGAGUCAGUUUUUCCUUGGACAGACCACUGUGGUGUACAUGAAUUUAGCUCUGAUAACGAUGGAACUUCUAAAUUGUUAUUAGAUGCCAAUAUCUUAGUGGUGAGUCAUGGAGCCUACAUGAGGAACUGGGUCGGUUAUUUUGUUUCAGAUCUCAAGUGUACUUUGCCAGCAGAUUUAACAAAGACUCAACUGUCUUCUGUCAGUCCCAAUACAGGAGUUAGUCACUUUAUAAUAAAACUUGAAAACAGAUCGGUGUUAAAACCUGAAAUCAUAUGUGUUUGUCUUAAUCAGGAUUCUCACUUGGUGGAUGUUGGUGCUGAAUGUGUAGCUUCAAAAAUAUUUUAAGAGUUUUUACAGAGGGAAGUAGUUCUCAAUUACAAUACACACUUGGAAAAAUAUAUCUAUAGCAAUUAAUGAGAUUGACGAGUUAUUGACACUGAACUGCAUAAUGGAAGACAUGCCUACCAUGCAUAUCUUUAUGAAGAGAAACAUUCUUCCAGUCAUCUGCAUGUCUUCCACACACUUGCUAUUACAGUGCAUACUUUCAAAAGCUGCUUAUUAUUUGCCCAUAAUUAUUUUGGUUAUCUCCAUCAGAAAGAAUUAGUGGUGGAGGAGAGGAAUGGUACCCAAAAAAAUGAGCUAUACUGUAUUCUUGUUUUAUUACAAAAUGCUAUAUUGUAAUGUUAAUAUAUAUGUUGUUUUAAAGUAACUUUUUUGACUGCAGUAAUGUAACUUAAAAAGGGGGAUUGCCUAGUGGAACAAGUUUGGUGCAGAGCCAGGUGACGUGUUCUUGACUCUGAUACUAAGUAGCUGUGAAACUUCGGGCAAAUCUUUUCCGUUUGUAAAGUGGGGAUGAUUUUAUACCUACCUCGCAGGAGUUUUGGUAAGAAAUGUUAGGCUUGUUGAGACCUCUAUUGAAGAGCGCUGUACACAACAUAUUUAUUUUUAAUUGUAAGCAGAAUGAGCACAUAAUUGAAACACCAAUCUGUAUUUUAAAAAGUAACUUUAUCAAUACUGUAAACUGGACCUGACUGGAAUCCCGUUGUCAAUCGCAGUCAUAUACUUAAUGGAUGAGUAUUUUGGCCUAGAAUUAAGCAAGCUUGAUUGCUUGAUGAUUGAUUGUUUGUAGCUGCUGUUAGUGCUGCAUUACUUCCCCACUGAAUUGUCUGUAGUGUUAUUAUGUAAGCUUAUCCAACCUUUUUAUCAUCUCCGCGUACCUUUUCAUCGUUUGCAUAUUUUAAGCUUUAAAAAUAAAGCCUCCUGAAUAUAACUCCA